UGGCCAUCAUUCCGUGACUUCAACGCGCCGCGUCAACUGCAGAUACACUUGCUCACUCGAACGCCACACCCAAGAUGUCCAAGCUUAGCCUGUUCCUGCUGGCCGCCCUGCUGGGCUGCCUUGUGUCCGGCGGAGCGGCUGGGAAAAUACGCGUGGAUAGCGCCGGAAUUCGUGUGGUGCACGAUAUCCAUGCCUUUGCCGCCCAGUUUCCGGGUCUGCAGGUGCAGCCAAUGGAGAAGGAGAUCGUGCCGGGCAAGGCCCGUGUCGGAAGCCAAACCGUGCGCUACAACUUGGGUGCCCGCAUUCCCGGCGACGCACUGGUGGCCCAGACAGCCGACACCUACGAGUACCAGCGGGCGCAGGAUGUGAGCGUGCAGCUCACCUAUCCGGAGAGUGGCACUGGUGCCGCCGUGUCCUACGUGGAGCUGCUGUGCACCCAGGACAGCAGUGAGGGCACCGCCUACGUGCUCGCCGGAGGCAUCGGCCAGAGAUUUAUCUCCAUCGUGCUGGAGGCCCAGAACACCAAGUACUUCUCCUACCAGGCUUCGUACUACGGAGUCAACUAAGCAGCUGCUGCAGUUCCUCGUUAGCUCGUUAGCUUUAUAUAUUUUUUUUGGAAAAUGUGACUCCAAUUUGAAAUAUACAUCUAUGUAUAGAGGCAGACUAAAAACGGUUACCUAGACUUAAGUAAUUAAUUUAAUGUCAUUGAUGGGAUAAGAUUACCAAAAUUUGUUAAAAAAAUAACCAAACAUGAUGCCUUAAUUAAAAAUCUUUAUUUUCUACGAACAA